GUUAGGUCUGUCGGCCGUGAACUGAUGACCCACACACUCAAACGGACGGGCGCCCAGCCCACAAUCCGCGCAGAGGUCGCCAAAAUUCUCACGUGACUCAACAGGCGAAGGGCACGAAAACCCUACUGGCAAAUUUUGGAGUGGCCUGGCUCGUCAACCCGCCAGCGACUCGACAGCCCUCCUACGACUCCAUCCCGGCAAGUACAUUCGCUCGUCGACACCCAGCGACAGGCGAAUUCGAGAACUCCAACACCGCGAUCAUGGCUGACGAAUACAACGCCGAGGAGGCCGCCGAGCUCAAGAAGAGAAGAGCCUUCCGCAAGUUCUCUUACCGAGGAAUCGACCUUGACAACCUCCUGGAUCUCAGCUCCGACCAGCUCCGCGAUGUCGUCCACGCCCGUGCCCGCCGCAGGAUCAACCGUGGUCUGAAGCGCCGCCCUAUGGGCCUCAUCAAGAAGCUCCGCAAGGCCAAGCAGGAGGCCAAGCCCAACGAGAAGCCCGACCUCGUCAAGACCCAUCUCCGCGACAUGAUUGUCGUCCCCGAGAUGAUCGGCUCCGUCAUCGGCAUCUACUCCGGCAAGGAGUUCAACCAGGUGGAGAUCAAGCCUGAGAUGGUUGGCCACUACCUGGCUGAGUUCUCUAUCUCAUACAAGCCCGUCAAGCACGGCCGACCCGGUAUCGGUGCCACGCACUCUUCUCGUUUCAUUCCCCUCAAGUAAGAAGGCUGUGGUCUCGGGUGGUUUCUGCAUUCACGGACAUGUUACGGGCGAAAAGGAAUGGGCUUGGCAGAGUGGCGAUGCCUCUGCCAACGUAUCUGAUGACAAUGGGUACCAUGAUAGUACAAUAAAGGAGCAUUGUCCUCUUUUUCAUCG